CGUGCACCACAGGGUGCCGUGAAUAAACAACCCGGGACUUGGACCAUUCUUCCUUCAUCUCCAUCAUCACAACAGCACCUUCCCUGCUGAAGUUAGACUGCACAGCUUCACUUCGAAAUGAAGCUUUCUUACACGCUCACCUUUGGGCUCUUGUCCGUGCCUGGUGCGGUGGCUUGGGGCAGUCUGGGACACAUUACCACGGCCUUUAUUGCCAGCCACUUUGUGUCUAACACAACCGAAGCCUACUUCAAGACCCUGCUCCGCAAUGACGAGCCCGACUACCUCGCCAGCGUUGCCUCGUGGGCCGACUCGAUCCGCUACACGAAAUGGGGACGCUUCACAAAGAACUUUCACUUUAUCGACGCGCACGACAACCCGCCCUUCUCGUGUGACGUCGACUACGAGCGUGACUGCAAGGAGUCGGGCUGCGUCAUCAGCGCGCUGGCCAACUACACGGACCAGUCCCUCGACCCGACGCUGGCGCCGUGGCUGCGAGCUCAAGCGGCCAAGUUCGUCGUACACUUUGUCGGAGACCUCCACCAGCCCUUGCACAACGAAGACGUUGCCCUGGGUGGCAACCGCAUCUAUGUGAAGUGGGAUGGCAGGGACUACAAUCUGCACCACGUCUGGGACACGUCCAUCGCGGAGAAAUGGCUCGGUGCGCACGGAAAGCCGUACCCCAUUGCGCUCAAAUGGGCCAACGCGCUUGCGGUGGAGAUUAGCGACGGCAAGUUCGCGGAGGAGAAGGACGGGUGGUUGAAGGAACUGGACUUUGAGGACGCCGUCGCCACGGCCAUGGCUUGGUCGAGGGAGUGCAAUGCGUUUGUGUGCACGCAUGUCUUCCCCGAAGGUCCGGCCGCCAUUGCUGGACAGGAGCUUGGCGGAGCGUACUUUGACGCCGCAGGACCCGUCGUGGAAAGGCAGGUCGCCCGAGCGGGAUACCGCAUGGCCGCCUGGCUCGACCACAUUGCCGAUGAGUUCCAGAAGCGUCAUCCGGAUUACCUGGACGAGCUCUAGGGCGCAUUAUACGAUGCAGUGACAUUGCAGGAUGGACGCACGGCUCAUAGAUUCCCGGCUGCCUGCCAACCUUUUGAAUACUUGCUUACAGCCUUACAUGCCGCCGCAAG